CGCCUCCCCCGUCAGGUGCUCGGCCGUGAGCGCGCCCCGCGCUGGCGGACGUGACGGCCCAGCAGCAUCCGCCGAUGGGAAAGACGGAGAGAGAAUGGGUGUGCCACAGCAAAUGAACUACAGAUGCGUGCGCCCCUUCUGCAUCUGGCAGAAGCUGUGGGGAGUCACAGGAUGCACCCUCAGGGGCCCGGCACUGAGGGAUGGGGUGUUCAGGACAGGUGCGGCUAGAGGCUGGCAUCCAGCUUUCCUGUGUGGACCAGCAUGCAGGGCCCUGAUGGAUGAAGUGGAGCAUGACAUCACCAAGGCUCGGAAGAAGAAGACCAAGGUGGGCUCCUUCCGAAUCAAUCCAGACGGGACGCAGGAGAGGAGGAAGGUCCCCCUGGCCCAGUCGGAAGCUUUCCUCAUCGACCUUUUGGAUAAAGUGUGUGAGCGUAUGAACGAUUACCAACUUGAUGAAGACCCUGUGACGAAGGAGAAGUUUUUCAGGAGAUACGCCCCAAGAAAAGGAGACAAAAUAUACAAAGAAUACAAAAGGUUCUACUUUUAUUCUGAUGCCUACAGACCUUUGAAAUUCGCGUGUGAAACCAUCAUUGAAGAGUACGAGGAUGAAAUAUUCUCACUUAUCGCCCAGGAGGCGCACCAUCUAGCUGACAAGCUGUGCAGUGAAAAAUCAGAUCUAUGUGGAACUCCUGCUAAUCACACAGAACCCGAGGAGUGAUGCGGGGCUGUGGGCCCACGUCUGCCGGCCACGAUAAGGAAAUCUGUCUUAUUUACUCUGUGCUUGUCUCGUGCGUGGUAUUAGCUUGAAAAUCUGUUGUCUGGCAUCGCGACAAACCCGAACUCUUCCUAUAGGUGAAGUGGAGUUUAUAAAGUGAAACUUUCCUUUCCGUGUUUGGAUAGCAGCAGAGUUGCAUCGAGCCCUGAGUGGGAAAGAAGUGACGCCGUGUCAUAAAGUCAGUAGGGAUUUAAUAGCGGAGCCGAUAGGUUUCAUAGCAAGUAUGUCUGACAUAUGCAAGGACAGUGUGCUGUUGGUAAGAACGCGGUUUGACUUCUCAAAUACUCCACUGGCCACAAAUUUAAGGCAUUCUAUUGCAACUAGUUCCUCAUUGGGCCUUUUGAAAGGUUCUAUAUGGUAUGGGCAAAAUGAACCUUCCUUUAAAAAAAAAAUCAAGAAUGGAAUUUAAAUUUCUAGAAACUCUUUAAGUGUUAGAAUGUCAUUUUUAGUAUUUAGUAGAAUGGAUAAAAUAUG